UCCACCUCCCACCUCUCCUAGAUCUCCCGAGCAGCAGCAGCCGCUGCUGCCCUGUGGCCCUCGAGCCUCCUCCUGCGGCUCCCGUCCCCUUCUCCUGCGGCUAAGCGGUGCAAACGUGCACACGCCUAGUAGCAGCCUGAGGUCAUUCCGCCUGGCGUCGGUGCCAGCGUCCGCCCCAGCACUGGCCACCAAUGCUGGGGCCGCACACCCAUUUGCCCUACCCCUCAUGCCGCGCGCUGCACGUGCUCGGGUCGGGCCCGACUCCGGAUCCAGGUCCAUGAGGGGUGCUAGCGCCUCCCCCGCGCCUCCAGCGAGGCGUAGUGCCGCCGCCACUUCCGCCGCGUCGAACGCCGACCAGCCGCCGCCAUGGAGCUAUCGCCCAGCUGUCGGCCCCUGGACGUGCCUCGUGGUGCCGCUGAGACACCAGCGCCACCGUUCACCACCCAGUCGACCUUGCCGUCAAUUUCUUCGACACCUUCCUUCCCUCCCCCAUUCCAUGAGCACUGGAUGCGCUAAUUCUCUUCAUGUGCAGGUACUACAGUGAUGGAACCAUCUUGGAAUCCCAGGAAUCAGGUGCCACCACCAAGUGCAGCCACUACUCGAUCAGCCAUACAGAUGUUGAUGCUCUUUUCCUUGGACAUGCUCUUUUUGUCCUCAACGCAUUGCCUAUGAGCAAGAGUGAAAUAAGAGGAAAACACGACGAAGACGCCAUGCAACUACGCAGAAGAUCGCGUUCGGUAUCACACCCUUACAAGGAGGGCCGACCUAGUAGAGCAAACGUGGGCGCCAAGGAAGAUGCACAUCAUGGUCAACAUCAAGCCCACAUGUCAGCCUGCCAGAGAAGGAUAAGCACGAGGGGACACUAGGUGGGGUCGGUCGACCCUUAGGGUCGGCCGAACCUGGCCUGAAUCCCGUCUAGGUGCACUUCGGGUAGGAGUAGCCGCCACGUCUCCUGAUCACCUUCCAUAUGUGCAUUUGGUGGGAACCGACCUCCAACGGUAUAAAUAGGGCCUCUCCACCCCCCUCUCAACACACACACACACCAUUUCACACCUACUCUCUCUCAAGGUUCUCUCUUGCUCUUAGUGUAGGGUAGUGGAACUAGGCUAGUUUUCCUUUAGCGAAUCAAAUCGUCCUCGGAGUUGUUGAGCGAUCCUCGACUCUCGGUAUGGCUUUGUAUUUUUUCUGUCGGUACUCUAUUCAUAAUAUAGAGCUUGAUCAUGGUUGCUUUACUA